UGCGCGCACUGAGCUCACUAAAGCUCCAGCUCUAAUAGGAUGAACAGCCGCUCGUGUGUGAAUGCUCCUUCAUUGUUCGUUUUCUUCUUUCUUUCAUAUUCUCGCGGACUGAUCGAUCAGUGAUCGGAUGUGAUCGGGCUUUCUGAUGGAUUUAUCGGUGUGAAGACGCUGUCAAACACGCUGAGCUUGAGAAGAGAUCGAGCGGUGCAUCAUGCGGUCGGAGGUGCUGUUACUGUAUUUCACGCUGCUGCAGACGGCAGGAGCCGCUUUCCCAGAAGACACGGAGCCCAUCAGUAUUUCACAUGGCAACUAUACUAAACAAUAUCCAGUGUUUGUUGGACAUAAACCUGGGAGAAACAACACGCAACGACAUAAACUGGAUAUUCAGCUGAUCGUCAUCAUGAACCGGACUCUGUAUAUCGCUGCGAGGGAUCAUAUAUACACAGUUGAAAUCGAGACGGCGAACACAGACGAGAUCUUCUUCAGUAAGAAACUGACCUGGAAGUCCAGACAGGCCGAUGUGGACACGUGUAGAAUGAAGGGCAAACACAAGGAUGAAUGCCACAAUUUCAUCAAAGUUCUUCUUCAACAGAACGACGACUCGCUGUUUGUGUGCGGAACAAACGCUUUCAAUCCGUCCUGCAGGACGUACAAGAUGGACACGCUGGACGCUCACGGUGAUGAAAUCAGUGGUAUGGCCCGCUGCCCGUAUGAUGCCAAACAUGCCAAUGUUGCCCUGUUUGCUGAUGGGAAAUUAUAUUCAGCUACAGUCACAGAUUUUCUGGCUAUCGAUGCGGUGAUCUAUCGCAGUCUGGGAGACAGUCCGACUCUGAGAACUGUCAAACACGACUCCAAAUGGCUGAAAGAGCCGUACUUUGUGCAAGCAGUCGAUUACGGCGACUUCAUCUAUUUCUUCUUUCGGGAAAUCGCUAUGGAGUACAACAGCAUGGGAAAGGUCAUGUUUCCGCGUGUGGCACGUGUGUGUAAAAACGAUCGCGGCGGCUCUCAGCGCGUUUUGGAGAAGCAGUGGACGUCUUUCUUGAAGACGAGACUCAACUGCUCGAUUCCCGGCGACUCGCAUUUCUACUUCAACAUCCUGCAGGCGGUCACAGAUGUCAUCCACAUCAACGGACAUGAUGUCGUCAUGGCAACCUUCUCUACGCCAUAUAACAGUAUUCCCGGCUCGGCGGUCUGUGUGUAUGAUAUGACGGAUAUCGCAACAGCCUUCACCGGACGCUUUAAAGAGCAGAAGUCAGCUGACUCCACCUGGACGCCCGUCUCAGAGGAAAAGGUGCCCAGACCGAGGCCUGGCGUCUGUGCAGGAACUUCCUCUGUAGAGAAAUUCAAAGUGUCCAACGAGUUUCCCGAUGAAACGCUGAAUUUCAUCAAGAUUCACCCGCUGAUGGACGAGGCCGUUCCCUCCAUCGCAAACCGCCCGUGGUUCCUCAAAACGAUGGUUCGAUACCGUCUGACUCGGAUCGCAGUGGAUAAUGCCGCCGGUCCCCAUCGUAACCAAACGGUUGUUUUUCUGGGUUCGGAGCGAGGAAUCGUCCUGAAGUUUCUGGCCAAGAUGCGGAGCGGUUUACUGAACGACAGUCUGUUUCUGGAGGAGCUGAAUGUGUACAACCCAGAGAAGUGCAGUAUUGACGGCGUGGAGGACAAACGUAUCAUCAGCAUGCAGAUCGACAGUCGGAGUCACUCGCUGUUUGUGGCGUUCACGUCAUGCGUCGUCAAAGUUCCUUUAUCACGCUGUGAACGGCACACAAAGUGUAAAAAGUCCUGUAUCGCCUCCAGAGAUCCAUACUGCGGAUGGGUGUCAGAAGGAAGCUGUAAAGAGAUCUCGGCCGACUCAAAACGGUCUUUCGAGCAGGACGUGGAAAGGGGCAACACAGAUGGACUGGGCGACUGCCAAAAUUCCUUUGUGGCGCUCAACGACCAUCAGUCCAGUCAUCAGGCCGAUAUUACCCACAAUUCUCCACAUGCAGGACGUGGUUCCUCCUCUCGUCUCACUACAGUCCCACCCACCGCGGGGGGUCCACUGGGUCGCGGUCGUAUGGUGAAGUCAAAGGAUCCUCCGCUGCCCACUGACAAGAGGGACCCGUAUAUUGCAGUGCCGUCUUUAACAGAGCAGGAGAACGCUGGUGUGAUCCGCGAGACGUUCCAUCGAGACCGCGAUCAGAUGGUUCCCGUCACCCUACUGGCCAUCGCCGUCAUCCUCGCCUUCGCCAUGGGCGCCAUCUUCUCAGGCAUCAUCGUCUACUGCGUGUGUAAUCACCGCCGGCGAGACUUUGAGAUGCCUGGCCGCAAAGACAAAGACUCGGUUCAGUCCAGACGAGGCUCCAUGAACAGCGUCACCAAACUGACGGGACUCUUCGAGAUGCAGGUGAAAGAUGGCCAUCCUGAGGCCAUUCUCACCCCGCUCAUGCACAACGGUCGCCUGGCCAAUGGCAAGAUACUCAAAGCGGAUCAGCACCUGGAUCUGACCUCACUGCCUACGCCGGAGUCCACGCCCAUGCAGCCACGCCGCAAGCACAGCCGAGGGAGCCGCGAGUGGGAGCGGAACCAGAACCUGAUCAACGCCUGCACCAAAGACCUGUCAUCCAUAGGCUCUCCGGUCAUCUCUGACCUGCCGCUACGGGCGUCUCCGGGUCACAUUCCCAGCGUGGUGGUGCUGCCAUUACCUCAACACCAGCAGGCGUACCAGCACGAGUAUGUGGAGCAUCCUCAUCGCGGAGAUCUCGCGGAUGACCAGACUGCCAUGCUGGAGUACAAAGCCCUCAAGAGCCCGUGUCACAGCCUCAGCACGCCAGACAGUGAUGGCAUGCCGCCGCGAGUACCGCAGCGUGAGGCGUCUCUGACUGGUGUCAUUCCUCCGGCCGUCCCGCAGAUGGGCAAGAGACUGGACGUUUAUGGCCGCGGAUAUCCCAUGAGCUCAGCCAAGAGUUCAGGCCUCAAGAAACACAACACAAACUCGUCCAACUCGUCGCACAUGUCCAGAAACCACAGCUUUCGUGUAGAGACACCUCCGCCAGCGCCACAAAGAGUUGACUCGAUGCACGUCACGUCUCCUCCGCCCGUGCUCAGCAUCUCACGUCAUCCCAGUCUGAGCUUGUACGGCUCACUGCCCCGCUGUGGAUCCCGGCAGCUCAAACCGGACGUCCCGCCCAAACCGUUGCUCGUGUCUCUUUCCACGAAAGUUAAGUCCAGCGACUCAUGCACAUAAUCCCAGCAGAUAAAGACGUGAAUGCGACACUAAAGUGCAUCUGCUUUGUACAGUUGUGUACAGGAAAUGCAACUCAUUUUUUCCUUUAUGCAUUUUUUAAUACAUUUUUGUGGAGCUCAAGCUGGAUGACAAACAUCUGCUACUGACAGAAGAACUCUUAAAGAUCAGCGAGCAGCUCAUGAGAUGAGAAUGUAGCCGCAUUGCUGCUGAUGUUUCACUUUCUGCCAAAAGCACAUCAGACGGGCGAAUUCAGUCAUGAAGCUGCGAAACGCCCCAGUUAUCAAGCACUUGGACAUGUUCAGCAUGUUCAGACUGAAACCACCGCUGGAGUUUACAAUGAAAACUGUGAAAAACUAAAAUAGCCUGUCUCAGUGUUACCGCUACUGGACGAAGCAGUCGAGUUCUGCCUUUGUGCAAGAGUUAAAACACGUCUACUGUAACUGUUGACUGAACAACAUGUGACUGUUAAUACUAAUAGCUGGUUGUAUUUAUUUUUUAAUAAAGUGCUUUUGGAGAAAGAGAGACUCUUUUUAGGCUCAAAAUGAGGCAAGAAAGAUCUUUUUAAUUUGAAUUAAUCAAGUGUGAAAUUAUUUAAAGUCAUUAAACUGGAGCCAGUAACUUUUGUCCAUUAACUUUUUGGACGUUGCUAAGUGAACUCUACGAGAACUGAUGGAAGAUUUACAGGAACAACAGUCCUGACUGGAACUCCUGAAUCUCACCUUUACUAACAUCCUCAUUCAUCACCUGAUAGUCAACGAUCGCAGAGUGCCAUUCUUACGUCUGCGUGACAAAAGCGCACAGACAAAACAAUUGAUCGAAAGUGAAGGAUGAGUCGCACUUAAAAAAACAAGCCGGAGACUAAUAUGUGGAUGUUGGCGCUGUGCCAGCGAGUGAAGAUAUAAUUUUCUUGUCUCGUCCACACACGGACCCUUUUGUUGAAUCUUUUCUGUUCAAAAGCCUGUUUUCAUUUCUUCCACCUGUAAAUGUGUGCCUUACACCUGAGUAGUGACGAGUUUGUUAGGUGUUAACUGUUAAAUUGUAGUUCUUAUAAUGACGUUUGUUUCACUCGUUUGAUAAAAAAAAAACAAAAAAAACAAAAGUAAUUAAAGAAUGUAGGUGUUGUCGUUGUCGACUCUGGUCCCUUUGCAAACCACAAAAUGAUUUUGUGCUUCAUUUCUGAACAUUGUGCCAAUGAAACGUUCACACGACCCUCUCGUUGUGCUGGAAGUGUCGAGAAUGUUUGUCCUUUUUUACUUUCACAAAGUCCAGAUGAUGUUUUUGCACUGUUUGAUAGAUGAUGUAAAAAGACCUCUGUUGAUCUGGCUGGUUAAAGGCAAUAAGAGAUAAAACGCAUGAACAAAUCUAACAUGAUGUCUCUCCCAAACACACGUAUGCUUUCUAAUGUAGAUGACUCAACACAGUUUUUAGGCAGUGAAAACAGGCUGGCUCCUGUCUAGAAUUGCACUCAAAUAAUAUUAGGAAACAGAUUCAUGUUUUCAAUGUUUGUGACAGAUUCUGUUUAAUAUAAUUUUUUCUAGCUCUAUCAUUGUGAUGUAAUAUGAGGGAUUGUUAUUUAACUGUUGUGACACAUUUUAUUGAACAUUUUAACGUCCAUGAAUCGAGCACUUCUCUAGUUUUGGCUUUGUUGUCAUCAAACUCGCAUGCCAUCCACAGUUACUUUUGAAACGACUCGCAAAAAAAAUGAGUUCAAUACAAGUUCAUCUCAAUCAACAGCAUUUGUGUCGUAAUGUUGAUUACAACAAAAUCAAAUUUAAACUCGUCCCUCCUUUUCUUUAAAUGUGUGUUCCAGUGAGACACUUACAAUGGAAGUCAAUGGGGUCAAUUUUCGGAGGGUUUAAAGACAGAAAUGUGAAGUUUAUAAUUUUAUAAAAGCACUUACAUUAAUUCUUCUGUUAAAACGUGUGUAUUAAUUGAUCUGUAAAGUGGUUUAAAUUGUCGUUUUUGCAGGAUUUCAGGGUUACGUCAUUGCGUUAGGGUUGUAACUUGUCUCUAACUUUCCACAGAUGUGGUUAGUAAGUGAUUUUAUGACAGUAAAAUCAUGUUAACACACAUAUUGUUUAUGUCUUGUGUCUGUACUUUUGAAACAGUGAGUAUUUUAAUGUUUACAGAUUAUUGACCCCAUUGACUUCCAUUGUAAGUGUCUCACUGGAACACACAUUUGUGCUUUUUUAAAGAAAAGGAGGAACGAGUCGACAUUAAUUUAUGUGGUAAUCAACAUUAUGACACAAAUGCUGUCGAUUGAUCUUCACUUGUAAUGAACCCGGAAUAUUCCUUUAAGGCUGAAACAUACUCUACACAAGUAUGUGAUCGCAGACGCUUCUAGUUACGCAAACUCACUUUUAUACGUAGUUUCGUUCCAAAAUGUGUCAGACCCUAAUUCAUAACAUGAUGCAAGUACGUGUUGCCACAAGGAGUGCUAUAGUGGACAUUCAUGUGAAAUGUCUGCUUAGACGGUGAGUGGCGGAGCAACAGUUUGGUGACAAUAUUGCCGAGUAAGUAAGUGAAAGUCAAUAUAUUUAUAGGCCUUAAAAUCAGAGCGAAAGGCAGAGCGAACUGCGUUCACGAGGUGUUUGAUAUGGUUCGUAUCACAGCCACGUGUGUGGACAGAGAUUUGUGUUUGUGCCUUUGACGGUCACCCCGAGACACUCGAGACUUGAGCUGGAAUUAACGGUUUUAAAUUUGUACUCUUGUAAGAUAUUGUUUUGUCACAAUGUUUCUCUGGCCCUCCCAUGUCUGGUUCACACCUAAAUGUAUGUUGUAAAGAAAUUCUCUUUAAUAAAUGGAAAAAAAGUCAUUAAAACAUUUUAAAUUCUCGUCA